AAGAAACGGUAGUCAACACAAAUAAUGACCCUGUCUUCCUAAGUUAAACCACACACACAGAAAAACACACAUACAAUUGAAUUGAUGUUCUGCUUGGUUGCAUCGGGGUUUCUGUUCUUUUUCUUCUAGAUCAUUGGUCGACGAUUUUUCAUCCAUCCGUCCAUCCCUCAAACGCUUCUUCUUUCAAACAUCCACUCCAUCCUCUUUCUUUCAGCAUUCAGACCCAUCAUUUAACAAUUCGAUGGCGGAUGAACGUGUGAGCACGAGCACCAGCAAUGUUGCUGCUGAAUCGUCAACAGUGGAGAUCCAUAUCAAGACACUUGAUUCCCGGUUGUACGACUUUUCCGUCGAUAAAAAUAUGUUGGUUUCAGCAUUCAAGGAGAAGAUAGCUAGUGAUGUCGGCCUUUCAGUUGCACAACAGCGGCUGAUCUUUAGGGGCAAGGUUAUGAAGGACGAGCACCGUCUUUCUGAGUAUCAUGUUGAAAGUGGACACACAUUGCAUCUUGUGGCCAGACAGCCUUCUGAAACACAACCUUCAUCAGGUUCCUCCACCGGGACAACAACUGCAAAUGGCAACAACAUAGGACAAGAUGCUAAUGCUCUAGGUUCGCGUCCUCGUGUUGCACAUAUUUCACAUAGCAUGGUUCUUGGGCCGUUUGGUGGUCCAAACUAUGGGUCUUUUGGUGGUCCGGACCAAUAUGAUGGUGGAAACCCUGAUAUAAGUCAGGUUAUUGGAGCUGUUUUAAAUUCUUUUGGAGUGGGGGGACAGAAUCCUGUGGGUGGUACUGGUGGACCACCAUCAAAUAUGCAGUUCAAUAUCCCUGCUCAGGCUGCUCGAGGGAAUGAAGCCGGAGUUAAUGGCAACAAUCAAGGUCAACCAGGAAAUCCUACUCAGUCUUCCCCUCAAGGGAUACAAGUGCCUAUAGGAGCAGGAAUAGCUAUACCAACUCUUGUUAGGCCAAUUCCUGAUUCAUUACACACGCUUUCCGAGUUUAUGAAUCGCAUGGAACAGUCAUUGUCACAGAGCGGGUAUCAACCAAAUCAACCUCCAAAUGGUGAAGAGCGCCCACCGGCUGUAGAGUUACCUUCAGGUGCCCGCGGUGUGCCAUUACCUGCAGCUCUUGCUGUUGUUAUGCGACAUGCACAUCGCCUUCUCAGUGGACCAGCUAUUGAUUCUUUAUCUCAUACUGCAGGACGACUGGAAGAAGAGGAGAGCUGCACUGACCCUACAAUAAGAACCCAGAUUCAGUCAGAAGCCAUGCAGUCAGGGCUUGCCAUGCAACAUUUAGGCGCUCUUUUGCUUGAGCUCGGGCGUACAAUGCUGACAUUGCGAGUUGGACAGUCUCCUGCAGAGUCUUCUGUAAUGGCUGGACCUGCUGUUUACAUAUCUCCAUCAGGGCCUAAUCCUAUAAUGGUUCAGCAGCCCUUUCCUUUACAAACUAAUUCCUUGUUUGGCGCUCAUUCCACUCCCAUUAGUUCCACGCCUUUUGGUCCUGUUGGUAUUGGUGCUGUUCCAAGACACAUAAAUGUUCAUAUCCAUGCGGGAGUUGGCCGGAGGGGAACGAAUGCUGAACCAAACCAAGGAGAUCGUGGUAAUGGAACGGUUAAUGGCUCUCCAGUAGGUGGAGCUGGAAUCGGAACUGGAGCCGGGGCUGAAGCUAAUCUACAAACUAGAGGGGUUGAUGGUACCAGUAGUGAAAAUCAGACAUGUACAGGUCAACCUGAUGGAAGUGUAUCUAAACCUGAGGGUCAAACGGAUGCAGAAGAAACGGGAAAUGCCGCUUCUAGUAGCAGUACUGAGAAACCUACAAAUGAUGUGGAGGGCCCUUCAUCAUUGAGUCCAGGGGUUAAUAACUCGGGAAAUGCCUCAUCUGUUCCUCUUGGACUUGGCUUGGGAGGGUUACAACCCAAGAGACGAAGUCGGCCGGCAAAACCAGAAUCCACAAGUACUAGCGAGCCUCCUGCAAAUGCACCCACAUCUAUUGCUCGUAGUACACCCAACCCCGCUGGUGGCCAGCUGGAUACUGCCACAAUCAUGAACCAAGUUAUCGCAAGUCCUGCUCUAGAUAAUCUAUUUUCCGGAGUUUCAAACCAGACAGGGAUUGGGUCACCAGAUGUCUUGAGGAAUAUGUUAGGUCAAUUAACUCAGAACCCUGCAAUGAUGAACACAGUCAACCAAAUAGCACAACAGUUUGAUGGUAAUCAGGAUAUGGGCGGACCUCGUGGUGGCAGCGGCGGUGGUGGUUUUGACCUGUCAGCUAUGAUGCAACAGAUGAUGCCCAUUGUUGCUCAAGCCUUUGGGGGUGGAGGUUCAGGAUCAAAUAUGUUUCAACAACCGCCUUCUAUGGACCGUGAACUUCAACCUACAAGCGUUAGCGAUGCUUCAAUUGAUUCUCAGGUGAACCUCCAAAAUGUGAUUGAGAAGAUAGAACACCAGGAGUCACAAGAAGAAGUCUUCUCAUCCGUAGUUGAAGCUGCUGCUCACUUGAAUAACAAUGAUGGUGAAGCAGAUGAGCUUUCUGAGAUAUGUUUAGAAGAGGAUCUUACUCAUGGAUUCAUAGAAAUGUUGAAGCGAGAUAUCUCACGACGGGCUGAAAGCGGGGGAGAGUGAUGGUUUUGUUUCUUGCUUAUUGUUCAUGACGGUGUUUAUUAUCGAAUUGUUAUUAUUAUUGUACAAAUUACCCGGAUCAUGAGGUAUUGGUCUGUUGAUGUGAUUUAUUGUGCAUCAAAGUUGAAAUCGUACAUCUGAAACUUA